GACUAAUGGUUGGUUUAUUAUCUGUUUUGGUACAUCGGAUCGGUAGGAGAAUCGAAUAUGUAUUUUAUUUAAUUAAAGAAAAUAAAUUUGUGUUAAUUUUUCUUUUCGGAUUUUCGGAGUGUGGCCACUCUGGAGACAGCCACAACUUCUUCUUCUUCUUCUACCAUUUCUUCAUUCUAAAACAUUGUUUUGUAAUUAUCUUCUUCAACUUGAGCGCGGCGGUGGUUGUCGGUGACAGUGGCUAUGGCUUCGAAGACCAAAACUAGUGUAUCGGAAACUACUCCUGGAAAAUCAUCUCCUUCAACCCCAAGGGUAGCAAAAUUGAGUAGAGCAGUGAAUAAAUCUGAAACCAGUUCUCCAAGCUCGCGCCUUUCACUUGAUCGUUCUUCCCCAUCUUCAAAGUCUUCUCCUGCUGAGAGACGAUCACCAAAGGUCCCAACUCCACCAGAGAAAACUCAAGCGCGGGGAUUAGUAGCGAAAGGAUCUGAACCGCAGACCAGGUUGACUUUGACUCAAAUCAAGGAGGAUCUGAAGAAAGCUAAUGAGAAGAUAUCAUCAUUGGAGAAGGAGAAAGCUAAAGCACUUGAUGAACUCAAAGAAGCUAAAAAAGAAGCUGAAGAAGCAACUCUGAAGCUGGACGAUGCUUUAAAAGCUCAGAAAAGCGUCGAGGAGAGUUCAGAGAUUGAGAGGUUUCAGGCUGUUGAGGCAGGGAUGAAGAAAGAAGAAGAGUUGAAGAAAGAACUCGAGGAUGUCAAGAACAAACACGCUUCAGAUUCCGCCGCUCUUCUCUCGGUUACACAGGAGCUUGAGAAGGUCAAUGAAGCAUUAGCUGCGGCGAAUGAAGCGAAGAGCAAGGCCUUGAGCCAAGCGGAUGAUUCUAGCAAGACUGCUGAGAUUCACGCGGAGAAAGUUGAGAUCCUGUCUUCGGAGCUGACGCGGUUGAAAGCUCUUCUUGACUCAACCCGAGAGAAGAAGGAGAUUACAAGCAGCGAAGUGGUUACCAAGCUAGAAGAGGAGAUUGUGGUUUUGAAGAGAGAUCUUGAGAAAGCGAGAGGAUUUGAAGCAGAGGUUAAAGAGCAAGAGAUGACCAUCGGGAAGCUUAAAGCUGAUCUCGAAGCUGCAAAGACGGGAGAAUCUUCUGCACAGAGCUCAUCUGAGGAGUGGAAGAGCAAAGCCAAAGAGCUGGAGGAACAGUUAAAAGAAGCUAACGAGUUGGAGAGAUCUGUGAUGAAACAACUCGAAGGAAGCAAUGAUAAGUUGCACGAAACAGAAUCCGAAAUGACUCAUCUCAAGGAGAAGAUCGUUGCCUUGGAGACAACAGUUUCUAAACAAAAGGAGGAUCUUGAGGAAUCUGAGCAACGGUUAAAAGAACUGUCCAAGAUCCAAAAAGAAGUAGAGAGCUUAAAGAACGAGCUCGAAACCGCCGAGGAGGAGAAGAACCGUGCGUUAGAUAAAGAGCAAGAUACUUCUCUAAACGUCCAGAGACUCCUGGAACAGAGAAAGAAGCUCUUAGCAGACCUGGCAAUCUCAAAGGAGGAAGAGGAGAAGAGCAAGAAAGCAAUGGAGAGCCUAGCUUCUGCCUUGCACGAAGUGUCUAGCGAAGGAAGGGAGAUGAAGGAGAGGCUGCUGAGCCAAGGCGACCACGAGUACGAGACGCAGAUAGAAGACCUGAAGCUGGUGAUCAAAGCGACGAGCGAGAAGUACGAGAACAUGCUGGAGGAAGCGAGGCACGAGAUCGAUGUGCUCGUCAGCGCGGUGGAGCAGACCAAGAAGCAUUUCGAGGGGUCGAAGACGGAGUGGGAGAUGAAGGAAGCGAGUCUGGUGAGUUACGUGAAGAAGAUGGAGGAGGAAGUUGCUUCGAAGGGGAAAGAGAUGAAUCGGUUGGAUAAUUUGUUGAAGAGGACUAAGGAGGAAGCUGAUGCUGCUUGGAAGAAGGAAGCGCAGACGAAGGAGAGUUUGAGAGAAGUUGAAGAGGAGAUGGUUUAUCUUCAGGAGUCUCUUGGGGAAGCAAAGGCAGAGAGUAUGAAACUGAAAGAGAAUCUGUUGGAUAAAGAAACUGAGUUUCAAAGCGUUGUCCACGAGAACGAGGAUCUGAAGGCAAAGGAAGAUGUUGCUACAAAGAAGAUAGAGGAGUUAUCGAAGUUACUAGAGGAAGCAAUGUUGGACAAGAAGAAAGCAGAAGAAGAGGAGGAGGUGGAGCUCAGUGAAACUGAAGAGGAGUAUGAUUUGUUACCGAAAGUGGUUGAGUUUUCAUCUGAGAACGGUCAUACAAGUGUAGAGGAGAAGUCUCCUAAAGUCAAAACCAUUGACGAGGAAGCUCCAGAGGAACAUAUCAGCAAUGGGAAUGGUGUGGAGGAGAAAGACAUGAAUGGUGAACCUGAAGCGAAAACCGAGAUGAAGUCUCAAGGCGAUGAUGACAAAGAUGAUUCGGUGGAAGUUAUGUUCAAAAUGUGGGAAAGUUGCCAAAUCGAGAAGAAAGAAGCUUUCCCCGACAAGAAUCUUCCACUAGAGACUCAAGAAGAGGAGGAAGAAGACUCAAGCAAAAUCGAUGAAAACGAUAAAACCUCAACAGAGAACAACGUGGAUGAAAUAGGAACCGAAGAUCAGCUUGUGAUGGAGAAGAAACUCAAGAAGAAGAAGACUUUGCUUGGUAAAGUUGGGAACCUUCUCAAGAAGAAAGCACCUGUGAACCCAAAAUAACAAAACUCUUCGAGGUAAUGAAAGCUUAUAUAUAAUAGAAGAAACAUAUGUCUCUGUAUACUUCAUCAGUGUUCGUUAUAUAUAUUUGUUGGUUUCUGAUUCUUUUUUCUUCGUUUAUGUAAAGGUUUGUGUGUUAAUGUGAUGAUAGACUUAUGUGUUGAGUUGGAAUCUUUUUGAUUCACUUUUUUAAAACUGAAGAAACUUUUCAUGGAAA